CCGGCGCCGAGAGACAGAGGAAGAGGAACGGACGGCAUAGCGUAGGGAGGGGAUCCAUCCAGAUCCAACAGAGCAGAGGAGCGACCGGUCGGAGCAGAGCAGUGGCCCACUGGGUCCGUCGACAUGGAUUACCACCAGCAACACCAGCAGCAGCACCAGUUCCUGAUGCCCCCGCCCGCGUCGCUGCCGGCGCAGCAGCAGCAGCUGUGCGCGCCGAUGAUGGGCAUUGACAUGGACAUGGACAUGGACGAGCAGCUGUGCUUCAUGGGGAGGGGCGGCGUGGGGAGGGGGGCGGAGAGGAAGCGGCGGUUCACGGAGGAGCAGAUACGGUCACUGGAGUCCAUGUUCCACGCGCACCACGCCAAGCUGGAGCCCCGGGAGAAGGCGGAGCUGGCGCGCGAGCUGGGCCUGCAGCCGCGCCAGGUGGCCAUCUGGUUCCAGAACAAGCGCGCGCGGUGGCGCUCCAAGCAGCUCGAGCACGACUUCGCCGCCCUCCGCGCCGACUACGACGCCCUCCACUCCCGCGUCGAGUCCCUCAAGCAGGAGAAGCUCGCCCUCGCCGCACAGUUGCACGAGCUGAGCGAGAGGCUGAGGCAGAGGGACGGCGGCAGCGGUGGCGCGGCGACCGCCACCGCCAGCAGCAGCAGCUGCAACGGAGGCGGGCAGGAGCUGGACGACGACAAGAGGAACGUCGUCGCCGGGUGCGUCGACGUCGAGCCCCCCGAGAGCUGCGUGCUCGGCGGGACGACGUGCGCCACGCCGGCGGACGUCUCGGUGUCGGUGGAGUCGGAGUGCGACGACCACCUCCACUACGACGGGGCGGUCUUCCCGGAGUCCUUCUGCGCCACGCCCGAGCUGUGGGAGCCGUGGCCGUGGCCGCCCGUCGAGUGGAACGCGGUGGCUUGAAGCCGUGUAGUGUAUACUCCCUCCGUCUCAAAAUGUCUUAAGUUUAGUAUAAAUUUAUACUAAAAUUAGUACAAACUUGAGACACUUAUUUUGAAACGGAAGGAGUACAUAAUAACCACGUAGGCGGCUUGUGUGUGUAGCUUCACGUACGUGCAUGUUGUGCUCGAUUUCUCAUCUGGUUGGGGUCUUGGGGAUACAUGUGAGAAGAGGCGAAUGGGGACGCGGCAAUGUCGGGUGGGUCCGUGUAAGAUAGAGGGUGAUGCACCUGGAUCAAGAGAAGUGACCGAAGUGAUAAACCAU